AUGUCAGGGACUGUGAGGACUGAGAUUCACUUCGAUACUGGAGAUAUAGAAAGCACUCCUGGAAUCCAAGCUUAUCUUGAUCUUGUAACUGGUGAUACCAAUACCGCAAAUGCCAAAAGUAGAGCAGCCCAAAUUCUCGGUCAUGAGCUAAAUGACUUUACUCCAAUCAUAGCUAUAACUUGUGCAUCUGAAGAUAGUGCAGUAAAACUCAAAAAUGUCCUAACUGCUAUCUGGUCAAUGGCAAAAGGUGCUCUUGCAAGUAAACUAGGCCCAGUUACACCAAAAUUCUCUGCAAAUGGUAUUUACACCAUAAUCACAGGAACAAUUAAUGACGAAUAUCUCCAAAAAGCAAGAGAAAUGCUUGAAAUCGCUCACAAUGUAGCAGGGGAAACAUUUGGCCACGAGCAGCACGCACAUGUUGAAUUUGAUAUUGGAAAUCAAAUUAAUACCCUCCUGGCGAGCCCUAAUAUUUUGGUAGACUUGUUCAAUGCUUUUUCAUUUACUUUGUCUCUUGAAAGCCAUCCUAAUUUAUUUAAUGAAGUGGUGAAUUAUUCAGAAGCCUGCAUUUGCAAUGAGCAAUGCAAGUUCUACUUGAGACUUUUUAAUGCUUAUAGAGGAUUCAAUAUGUCAUUGAGAUUUGGAAGCUUUGAAGAAUUAAAUGAAGAUGUGAAGUCACAGCUGGGAGCUGUUGCUAGAUUUGUGGUUCCUGAAGAUCUUAAAGCUCAGAUUCCAAAGCAAGCAACACCUAUAAUUAAGCCAAUGGCUGACCAUGGAAUUGGAGAAGUGCAUGUGCUUGUUGGUGCAGGAAGAUUGGUGGGAGAACUCAAAAUUAGAUUCCCAGGACUUUCACAGUUCUUUUUAGCUUAA